UGGUGUGUAGCCUAUGGGGAAAACUGCUCGCUCAUCCUAUAUCAGCGGGAGUCUGAGUCAGCACUCGAUUACACCCAGAGUUGUUGCAACACACACACGUCACACACACACUCACACACACACUCCCUCUAUCUCUGCCCUCCCUCUCGCAUACUCACACACAAGCCAUAUGACUGAGUCAAGCUCAGUUUUGAGUUUGUACCAGAGUUGAGAUAAGACUUUCUGGGAAGCGUCGCCCGGCUGGACCGCAUUCCAUUUACAAAUAGCCAUGUGUGCUCAACAGCUGGCACUUCCUUUCACGCUCUAAGAAAACGUGGAUAUAUAAAGUCAGCCUUUUGAAGAUGUCCCGGAUGGCCACGUCUGCCUCCCGGUCGUCCGUGUUUACGUUUGAGUCCACAGUGCAUUCCUCACAUGUGCUGCGCUGCCUGGACGAGCAGCGGCGGCGGGACGCCAUGUGUGACGUCACCGUGGUGGCGGAGGGUCACCGUUUCAGAGCCCACCGCUGCGUCCUCGCUUCCUGCAGCGAGUACUUCACGCACCGGAUCUCGUCGCUCGCGCAGCACGGGGCGGUCGUCACGCUGCCGCAGGAGGUGACCGUCGCCGGCUUUGAACCCUUACUGAAGUUUGCCUACACAUCCAAACUCCUCUUUGAAAAAGACGACGUCCUAGAAAUCCGCAACUCGGCCUCCGUUCUGGGUUUCCGAGACCUCGACGAGGCCUGCUUUGAUUUCCUCCUCCCUAAAUUCUUCUCCAGCGGCAAGAGCCCCGCCCCUGUUCCGAGAAAGACCUGCUGCAAGAAGGAAUGCAAGAGGCGAGUGUCGAAGGAAGGCCGCCGCGUCUUUGACUCUGACGACGCGUUGUUGGACGAAGAAGAAGUAAAACCGGUCGCUGACUCACCGGCUCUCCGGGAAGUGACUCGCCACUGUGACAAAUCGGCGAACGGCAAAAUAGAAAGUCUGAACGCCACGGGCGCUGGUCCACCUGCGGCCGAAGGGCCGAACGAGCGUUUCACGCAGCGUCCCAAGUAUCGCAAGUUCCAGCUGGCUUGCAGUAAAGAAACGUGUCUUCGGGAGAAAAGUCCGAACGAUCCCGUAACGGUCAUCGAGAAGGACCGUGACCUCGCUUGCCCUCCCUGCUCCAGCAGUGUGAACGGCAAGGAUGACGUUGAAUCGGCUGGUAAUUCAACCUCUAUUUCCACCAGGCAGAGCACAAGACGGGCGGAUGACCCGCGGAAAACUGAAAUACACCACCAGGAAGCGGUGGACGAGAGGGGAGCAGAGGUUGCUGCGAGCGAGAGAGACAUAAUCGAAAGGCAGAGCCAAUGGAAUAAUGAAAGAGAGAUGGAAAUGGAGGAAGACGUCAGCGCCACGGACAGAUCCGGCGUCGAGAGGUCGUCGUCGGGGUUAACGUUGCACCGCGGCCCCCCGGGUCGGUCGCCGGGCCACAAAGGGUUCGUCGCGGACGGCAAGAAGGACUCUGGUGCACUAGCGCCAGGGUUCACGCAUCAAAAAGCAGAAGAUCGGGUAGAAGCAAAGUGGGGAAGGGCACAUGAUGGGAUGGAUUCUGGCCAGCGAGAGAGACGAGACACUGGCGGCUUGGAGAGAGCGAACCUGUCGAAUGACGCGAGAGACACGCGCGCCGUGGGAAGAGGGGCGGCCGAGCACCUGGCCGAGCAACCGGGGGCCGACACGGGCUUCUCUCCGCUGGAUUUUCAGGACCCCGAUGCAGGAAGUUCCUCUGAUACAGGCAGCGGCGGGCGGGUCCUGAGCACAUCUUUAGAGUGGCUGAAAUUCAAUAACCUCAGCUCCACGAGCACAAGCUGCGCCGCUCACCAGGAGCCGGACCGGAGCAAAUGUUUCUGGACGGGAGCGGAGGAGCUGUCCGAGGGCGAGGGGGCGUCUCGGUCCGGCGCGUCGUCGCUCAACUCGGGGGAGGACGGAGACUCGGAGACCGAAACGGAAGGAGACAGCGAGUCCUACGCGAGAGAGAGGGCCAGACAGGUGCAGUUGCCGUUCACUGUGGAGUGUAUCGUGGAUCUGAGCAGGAACGACUUCCAACAGCUGCUGAAGCAACAGGUCUUCACGCGGGAACAGCUGGAGUUUGUCCACGACAUGAGGCGGCGCAGCAAGAAUCGCCUCGCGGCCCAGCGCUGUCGCAAGAGGAAACUGGACUGCAUAUACGACCUGCAGUGUGAAAUCGACAAGCUGAAGACAGAGAGGGAGAAACUAAUGAUGGAGAAGAGCCACUUGAGCCACAUGAGGUCCAAAACAUGCCACAGUGUGGCUGCGUUGUGCCAGAGGGUCUGCAGCGAAGCCCGCCUGCAGCCCCAGCAGCUCCAGGUGUUGGCCCAGUACACCUCCCCGGACUGCCCUCUGUCCUCUUUCUUCCCCCACAUAGACGCACUGCUCUCACAGCCCGAGCUGCUACUCCAGCCCCAGGCUUCAUUCUCGGCCUGUCUGGCGGGCUUCGAUAAGUACACGGCGUCCGAGGAGGCUUCGUCCAACUCCAAAACAGAUACGGUUACAGGUGAUGGCCGACAUUCACUUUAGAUACACGUUCAGCGCACAUAACUAGUUAUUGAACGCUUCCCCACUCUGUGUAUCAUACAAUAUUUUCAGAAAUGACCACAUACUGUGGACUAAGCACAGGCUGCAUAGUAAGGUAGAGAUGUAUGUGUGAUAGAUUUAUACAUUUAAGGCCAUAAUCAGAACAAAUUAUCAUUAACUCCUGCUACCUUUUUAAGAUAAAACAUAUAAAUUAAUCUAAGAGAUAAGGAAUAUAUUCCACGUGUCAAAAACCAUUCAUUUGACUUCAAUUAUAUAAGUCUCUGAUGACCUAUCGUGAAUUUUUUUUUUUCAAACUUUGCAAAUGGAUUAUUAGACUUAGUUUACUGGUAAAAGUGGAAUAUGACCCGCUUACAAAUCAAGUCCGCCAGGGUGCAUGCUGGGAAUGUUAACAUGUUAGCAUUGAGACAAUCACAACUUCAAUCAGAAAUCAAAAGGGAACAAUGGUCUCUUUAUUUAGAGAGUGCUUCACUGCUUUAUUACCUCAGGAUAACGCACCUCAUCUUUACACAGACUUUAAUUAUUCAACUUUUCUUCUAAAGGUUCUCAGGUGGCAACAGGACAAUUCAGCGUCUUUGUAGACAGUGUCGGUUCACGAAGUGACGGUGCACAAAAAAAAAAAACAUGCGACACAACGAGCAUCAUGUUUACCUUCUGGUCAUACGUCUGGCUGAGAUAUUUCCGGCCGUCAUUGUGGUCGUCGCCACGGUGACAGCUCUCAGAGCUCGGCUUGGACUCGAGUGCCGUCUAGAGAAAGUGCACCUUGACCAACACGAACGAAGCAGCUGCACUUUUAGGAAGAAAAGCUGCCUCGCCCAAGGGGAUGAAAAGCAUUCCCAUUAUUUUGUCCCACAUUAUUUUGUUGGACUCUUCUAUUCUAUUCUAUGGAAAUAUUGUGUGUCCAGCAAAACGUGAUUAUCUUUAACACCCUUAUCUAAAUGAUUGUCAAGGGUCAAAUGAACAAUGUAGCAUUACAAUGGAGUACAAGCACAGCAACGUGGUUGUGUCUACUGUACUAUCAACACCACCAUUAUUGUGUAUUAAUAAGUUAUUCCAUUUGAUUUAAAUCUUCUGACUUUCACUUAUAACAUUUCACGAUAGUUUGUUCCUGCGUUUGGGAGAUUUACAUCAGGACUCUUCACAAAAAAACAGUUUGAAUCGCCUCCUGAUCAAGUUUAACUGUUUUAUACGUGCGUAUAUUUAUAGAUUUCUUAUCUAUGAUAAUCACAACUGUGCAGCUGGUCUUACAUUAUUUGUGUAAAUAUGAAAAUCAGUUAUACGUUGAUUUUAUGAGGAAAUGGUGAGUGACAUCGUAUUUUUGAGAACAUUUUUGCUUUAAGAAAAUGCAGGAAUCCAUUAUGACAAGUAUUUUUUUUCCAGAUUGAUAAUCAUUUGAUGCGUAUUGCAUGAUAAUGCUGGUGCUUACCGCCCUCUAGUGGCAGUGCCUGUGUAGUCAGUAGACUGAGGGGGUGUAUGCAGCACACACACGUUCUACGACUGCGUUCCUUUAUUUUUACUGCAUAAGAAACGACUUUAUCUUUCUAUCAUAAUGUCAAAAUGGAUUUCUGCAAUAUUUUUUUUAAAGCAUGAGUGAAAAAGAGCCCUUCCACAUUGAAAACAGAAAAUAAAAUGCUCAAAACAGCAACAAGAUGUUUAUCCCUCAGUUGUGAAGAUGAUUCUUAGUGCAACGCAUGAUGCGAUAUUCUAAAAAAUAAAACAACAGUGAGGUUAAUGAUAUGGAAAGUGUGGGAAAGCUCAUAAGGCUUUCAGAAGACUCUCAACCUGGAAAGAUAUAUUAAUGAUUAAUACUGCACUCAGUCUUUCAUAUUCCUCCCUCCUGGAUCGCAGUCCCCCUCUCCCACUUAGUCUCCUCUCUGUUACUUUUAAGUUUCUCUUUCUUUCCUCUCUUUCAUCAGUCCUCUACUCCCCCCUCUGUCUCUCUCUGGAGGCUAUUUUAAUUAGACAGAGAUUGCAAUUCCAUCUCUCAACGUUCCUUUGUGUGAGCAAACAUAACUUAACCGCUCGACAGAGAAUUUAUCAACCUAGACUGAGAUGUGUGAAUCACAGUGAUACUGAUCAUGUUCACAAGCUCUUUGUGAACUUAUCACAGAAUACAAGGAAGACCGCAGUGGGGCAAAGGUCAAGCAGGUCAACUUGGCCUAAUAGAUUUUGGCACCUGGGAGUGGGAAGCAAGAGUUGCUGAGGUCCCAGGGCUUAAGGAAGAGGAAGGUCAACCCUCAUAAAGGUAAUUUACUUGUGAAAGCAUGUUCACACGCUGUGAUUAAGUUUCUAAUCCAGUCUCUCUUAACCCUCCUGUCACCUUUAGGGUCAAUUUGACCCCAUUCAAUGUUUAACCCUCCUGUUACCUUUAUAUUUACUGACAUAUUUUACCCUCGGGGUCAAUUUGACUCCAGCAAUUAAAACCUCCAGAAAAUUAUUAGAAUUAAUAUUGUUUCCCAAGUUUAAGUGUGAGGUACUUUAUGUUUCUUUGUUGACGACCUAAAUAGCCCUUUAAAUAUAUAAAAAAGUUGAUAUUUCUUAUAUGUUUGACAGUGAAAAACAGCCUGGGGUCAAAUUGACCCGAAAGAACACCGACAUUAAACAUUGAAUGGGGUCAAAUUGACCCUAAGGUAACAGGAGGGUUAAGUGGUCGCACAUCAAUUUAACUUGUAUGUUUGUGCGUGCGUUUAAAAUCCCAAAGUGUUUUAUAUUUGUUGUUUCUCUGUGGGAAAUGAGACAUCCUGUGAAACACACUAUAUGAAUCAUGUCUCCUUAUGAGGGCAUACAAGUCCAGUGAAUAUGAUUAGAAAUCGAGGAUUGUGCAUUGCUUGCGCUGUUACUAACGUGACAACAGAUGGCACCACACGAGCAGUUACUGACGGCGAGAUUCAGAAGACUCCCCAUCAGAUCAUAUUCACGUUUUCUUAUAUCAUCUUCUUGUCGCCGCGUUACGUAAAUCGUCUCAUGGUCUCCACUGAAUGUGUUUUUAAUCUCAGAGUUAUUAUUGCCGGUAGACGUGUGAAAUUCUGUCUGGAAAACAUUGAAAAUGAAUUUGCAUAUGAUCCUGCUGCUGUUUACCUGCAUGCACCUUUGAUGAGCCGUCUGUCUCCUGUCGCUGCACCAUUUAAGUGUUGCUUUUCUCCCAUCUCAUUUCCUCCUCUAGCGAACUGCUUCUCCUCGUCUCUCUCUCUCUCUCUCUCUCUCCCUCUGAGAGAAUAUGUGGGUGUUUUCUGUAGGUGGUUCUCUGGCACCAAAGAGAACACAAUAUGUCGGGCUAGUAAUCUCCAGUCAUGAAUAGUUAGAUCGGUGCCAGCUGUUGUCAUAUAAAGAGUUAACGGACCAAAAACUUUUCAGGGAAGUGUUCCAAAUUGAAAUCAACGUUUAAUUGUCGUGUUUUUGUUUUGAAUUGCAUCUUCCAAUGACGCCCACUCUCACAACAACAGCUUGUUUCUUAAAGGAGUGUGUAGGAUUCGUAUGCGUCUAGCGGUGAGUUUACAGAUCGCGUUUCACUAGUUCAACACCUCCGCUAACUCCUCCCCUUUCCGAGCGUGUGUCUGAGCACUACGGUGACCUUCAGGUAACCUUUGACGCGUGAAAGGCUCUCACUAAAGCCAGUGCUUGGUUGGUCUGUUCUGGGCUACAACAUGGCGGACUCCAUGAAGAGGGCCGGGUCCCUGCGUAGCUGUGAAGGGCUGAUUCUAAUUCUAAUGAACAUAUAACCAUGGUUAUUUUCAGGUUCAUUAUACAUGAAAAUCUAGUUAUGAAUAUUAUAUUCAGUACACACUAUACACUGUUCUUUUGUGUUGAGUUACUUAAGUCGUAAUUCUCCCGCUUGGCAUUUUUAGAUCGCUUGCUGGGCUGUUGGUGUUUUAACAUGAGCCAAGAGCAGACGACCAAAUCUAAUCCCUUAGGCAGAGAGUAAUCCAGUCAUGUGGCUUCCUCAUGAGAACCUGCAGGUCCUUGAUCAUUAAGGACACACACACACACACACACACACAGUGUCUCGGAACUAUAUAGUGAUCACGAGGCUGUUCCUGGUUCAAAUUUAAUGAGUACACAUUGAGGUCACAUUCUUGUGUUUCAAAAGCCAGGACUUGUGAUAUGACUUAAUUCUCUUUUUAAAUUUUUUUUUUUUACUACUUUACAAUAAAUAUGAAAAAGUAACAAUGCACAGUAUAGGUGUAACCCGCAGUUUGUCUCGGUUCAUUCGUGAGACAAAACAUUCACUUCUUGUGCUUGGACAGAAUGUGUGUGAGCGCGGACGGCGCAGCGCCAUGCGGACACCCCGUGAUGUCACGCAGCCUCGUGAUGAGUGCAACUAACCAUGUGAAAUUGUAAUCCUGUGCAGAGGUCAUUGUUUAGGCCCCAUCGGACCAAGAACUCCUCGAACACAUGACUGUGAUCAGGCUUAUAAAAACAGGGCUGACAAACAGCAGCUGGAGGAAACACUGGAGCCUACUGUUCGUCAUUAAACACGUUCUCUACA